AUGGGGGUCUACCUAGAAUCAUGUGGUUACUCACUGCUUACGAUCACUUCCUUCCUUGGCAUGGGAGAAGUUGCAACAAAGAAGGCCUUUGAUUGGGUUUCAAAUGGUCCUAAGAUUGUAAAAUCUUCAUCAAUCAUUUGCAGGCUCAUGGAUGACUUGGUUGGUUAUAAGGAGAAAGAGGCUUGUGAUGCAUUGCAGGAGAAAGUCGUUGAAGCAUGGAAGGAUAUAAAUGAGGAGUGCCUUGAACCAAGAGAUGUUCCAAUGCCUCUGAUAAUGCGAGUAGUGAAUCUUGCAAGGGUUAUGGAUGUUCUUUACAAGGAUGGUGAUGGAUACACGCAUGCUAAAGGUUCCACCAAAAAACUUGUUCAUCCGUGCUCGUAG